AUGGCCCCAUUACCCGAUCGGCUAUGUACGGCUUGCGCCAAGCUCGAUCUCGAGACGAUGCUAGCGGAAGAAAGUCCCGAGCGAGACAUGGGUUGUCUAUCAGACUACGGCGAUCCAACCUGCCCGUUCUGCAGACUCAUCGUCACCGCAGUUUCCCGCACAGGCUGGGAUUUUGUAGAGCUCUGUUCUCCCAAGGAUGGCAAAAAGGUCCCCCGAUUGUUCAUCCAGAGCUGGAGCCCCCUGUCCGUGAAAAAGUACAGGCGUAUGGAGUAUCCAGAGCCUCGUCUCCAGCUAGCCCUUGACCAACAACCCGAGGGCUUCCGGCGAGGAAGACCCACUGUCCGCGAGAUCGAUCGAGAAACCAAUCGAUUUAUCAUUGCAGAGCUUGAGUCCUUGCCCAAUGAGAGUGAAGAGCGCAUGCUCCUACGUUGUAGCGCCGGCGAGCGAGUCGAUGCUUCACUUGUGAAGAGUUGGUUACAGGAGUGUAAUAAGAACCACGAGCACGCCAAACGGACUCGGAACACCAACAACAGCCUAUUUCAGCACAAGGACGGCUUCCUACUCAUCGACGUGAUCGACGAGAAACUCGUACGCAGGACCGAACCUUGCGAGUACGUGGCCCUCUCGUACAUCUGGGGUGGAGUGGAACCGUUCCGCACGACGAGGGAAAACAUCGACAGACUCUGCAGUGCCCCCGGGUCCCUGUCGCCAUCCCAUCUGGCCUCGCUUGGUGGAGGAAAGAUCCCCCGUACCGUCCUGGACGCUAUGGAAUUCACCCGACAACUGGGGAUUAGACACACCUGGGUCGACACCCUGUGCAUUGUGCAGGACGAUGCAAAUGAAAAGGCCCGCCUGAUCGGGCGCAUGGACGAUAUAUACGACAACGCGGCGGUGACGCUCAUUGCCGGUUCGGGAGCCAAUUCCGAAACGGGUCUCCUGGGGGUGAGUCCGCGGGAGGGAGGGCUGCCAAUCGAGCGGACGACGGUGGUGGACGACUCCUACGGGGAAGGAGACGAGCUGACGUUCAAUUUGGCCAUCUGCCCGCCGGGGUUGUGCGAGGGGGUCCGCCGCUCGGCCUGGAAUACCCGUUGCUGGACGUACCAGGAACAAUGUCUCUCGCAGCGUUGUCUCUACUUUACACCGCACGAGGUCUUUUUCAAUUGUAGCGAGAUGCAGCGUCGCGAGGCCUACGCAUUGCAGCAGCCAAAGGGGAAAAAAUACUCCGACCUGCAGCUCCGUACGGGACCGCCAUGGUGGAAUCGCAAACUCCGCAAGGACCUUGACCCGACUCCAUACCGGUAUAUGGGCGAGCUGAAUGCCAGUCGGCUUACUAUCUGGGACUACCAGACUGCGGUGCAGGAUUACACUCGGAAGCAGCUCACUUUCCAGGAAGAUAUCUUCAACGCGUUCCAGGGCAUCUUUAACCGGUUCAGCGUGCAAGAGGAAGAGAGAUUGUCGAUCGGACGAACACAGGGCAUUCCAGUGCGGUUCCUUUGGCAGGGGAUGCUUUGGUUUCCAUCUCAUAGGGCAAGGAAACGGGCAGCCCUGCCGGAUAGUCCAGCCUGGUUGCCGAAAUAUUUCGCCUCGUGGUCAUGGGCAUCCUGGGUUGGAUCGGUGGAAUUCGUCUUUGCCGAGAGUCUCUGGCUCACGCGGAAUAUAUCUCAAGCCAUAAUCAAAGGCAAACCGGUCCAUCCUGGCAUCCCCUGCUGGUAUCAUCCUGACGGCUCCGGCAAGCCUCAUUGGUCAUGCACUGCUUGGAAAGCCGCAGGCCAUGCACCUCCUGGCUCCUCUGCAUUCCACCCGGCGAAGGCGUUCCUCGAGGACCGAAUCGGGCUGGACACGCAGACCCUUCUUCGUCAGUCCUUGUCAUUCCCCUCGGAUAAUAACCUCCAGGAAGGCCACCUCGGCUUCUUCGCCGCAUACACGCGGAACAUGAAUCUUGACACAAUCCGUACUGGGCAAGCACACAAGUUGAGAAUUGGCGAGCACGCUGGAGAGUUCAGGUAUGAUAGUACCGACGAGAAGGAGCAAGUUGAAGCGCUUGUCCUCCUUGUUGCGGCGGAGUCGAUCACCACACCGCCAUAUACAGUCUCUAUUCUACUUGGUCUAGUUACCCGGGAUGGGAUAUCCUGGCGAGUUGGUCUGGGGUAUAUUGCCCACGUGAAGGGAUCGGAGUCCGUGGGAUUGCAGUGGGAGUAUAAGUUUUUUCGAGUAGCCUAA